CAUUUCACACCAGGGAGAGAGAAAGUAAGAAGCUCCUCCUCCCUCCGGAGUCCAAUCGCAGUCAACAACACGUCACUCUCUUAUCCUCCUCUCCGUCCGGCUCUCCCCCACACUCUCCCAAAAUCAAACCCCAGUGGCCCCCACCCUGCCCACCGAAACAAUCCCACAUAUUACUCCAUAACUCCAACAUCUGUACAACCACCUGUGCUCCAUUCCUUUCAUUCAGAUUCAGCCAUGGAGAACUACUCCUUCAACUCCUAUCCGGAUUCCGGCGAAUCUUCCCCGCGCUCCAGGGAGAUAGACUUCGAGAACCCUCCGCCGUGGGACGAUCAGCAGCAGCCUCCUAACUACAAGGCCAAGUUCAUGUGCAGCUAUGGCGGCAAGAUCCACCCUCGCCCCCACGAUAACCAGCUCUCCUAUCUCGGCGGCGAGACCAAGAUCCUCGCCGUCGACCGCUACAUCAAGUUCGACGCCAUCAUCUCCAAGCUCUCCUCUCUCUGCGCCGACGCCGAGGUCGCCUUCAAGUACCAGCUCCCCGGCGAGGACCUCGACGCCUUGAUCUCCGUCACCAACGACGAUGACCUUGACCACAUGAUGCACGAGUACGACCGCCUCUACCGCGCCUCCGCCAAGCCCGCCAGGAUGAGGCUGUUUGUGUUUCAGGCGCCGGCCCCUAAUCAGUCUUCUUCCAGUUUCGGAUCCGAGGGGGGCAGGUCCGAUCGGGAACGCUUCGUGGACGCUCUCAAUUCGGGUCCGACCGAGCCGCCCAAAGCUCAGGCGCAGAACGACGUCGACUUUCUCUUCGGCUUGGACAAAGGCGUCCCGCCGCCACAACCAGCGGCGAAUCUCCGAGAUUCCGUGCCCGAACCCGUGGCGCCACCGCAUACGGAAUUUCAGUCCCGGGCGGUUCACGGGGACCGGGUCUACGGGUCGGACACGGCCAACCCGGUUGAUAUGCAGAGGCAAUUGCAGGAAUUGCAGAGACUGCACAUUGGGGAUCAGGAACAGUCGGUGAUGUACACGAGAAAGAGCGAUGAGAAUCUCGUGGGAGCAUAUCCCGGCGAUUACUACUUCCCCAAGGCACCGGAAAAGGCUCCUCCGGCAAACCUACCUCCCGCCUCCGGGUUCUGGACUGAAAAGCAAUUCUCAGGAGGGGGUUUUCCAGGGAGUGCACAGGGAGCACCAGACCAACCGAUGUACGUGUUCUCAGGCCCGGGGGGAACAGUCUACCAUGCACCACCGAUGGUCCGACCGAUGAACGCCCCAGCCAGUCAAGGAUACUACGCCAUGCAGCGCGUCCCGCCCGACGUUUACCGGGACCAACCGGUUUACAAUGUGGUCCCGCAACAGCAGUCCCAGCAACCACCUAUGUCUGCGGCGCCUCAGCAGGUUCUGCAGCAACAGCUUCCGAAGAUGACGGCGUACACGGAGGGGUACGGCAUGAUGCGCCCGAGUGGCGGCGGAGCUGUUGUGACUGACACUGGCGGCUACGCGCCAGCGGGAGCGACUGGAGGAUUCGACGGCGGGGUGGGGCGACCGGUGUACUACACGACCGCUACGGCGCCGUAUCACGGCGUCGGUGUGGCCGUUAGUUCUGAUAUGAGGCAAGCUGGCGCGUUGGGCCAGGAGGGUAAGGUGGUUAACAAGGUUUCACAACCCUCUGUGUGAUUAUAAUAAUAAUUUAGUUGCGUAGAUAAUACUCCCAAUAUAAAAUAAUAACCUAUGAGUUGAGUAUUUAUGUUAAUUUUGUGCUUUAUUUGUUUUCAA